AAUACGUCGCCCAAGAUAUGUUCAUAUAACGAAAGAAACAUGUGUAUAAAUUAUAAAAUUAUAGCAAAAAUUAAAAUCAGAUAUAUAUAAGCAUAUUUGCAUAACAAAAUUCCAACUUAAUUACUCCCCUACUACUAAUUCUACUAUAAAUGAAGGUUUUUGGAUUAUGAAGCAUAACUAUAAAUGAAGGUGGCAUCCACAAACAGUUAGGAUCCGUAAAAGCGCAGUGGUUUGUGCAUCAAGUAUGUGGCCCCCACUAUCCUUCCCCAAUAUAAAGUGUGAUGAUUAUUCUUCGUUUUAGAAUCAUACCACGAUAGCAGAGUUUUACUGAAGUACUAUCAAAGACACAGAGAAUGAGGCGGAUUGAUUACCUAUCGAUGAGAGCCGAAGCAGAAGCCGCUGCAUUGUUGGACGCCGACUUGAACGACCUCAAGGCUGCCGCCACAAAACUCCUCAGCCACGCCACCGAUUUCGGCGCAGGCACUUCCUUCUUCAAAUGGCUCGCCUCCUUCGCCGCCAUAUACCUAUUGAUCCUGGAUCGGACGAACUGGAGAUCGAACAUGCUCACCUCGCUCCUCAUCCCCUACAUCUUCUUCAGUUUGCCACACUCGCUCUUCAAAUUUCUGAGGGGAGAGGUCGGUGCGUGGAUCGCCUUCGUCGCGGUUGUGCUCCGCCUCUUCUUCCCCCGCCACUUCCCCGAAUGGCUGGAGAUGCCGGGAUCAUUGAUUCUCCUGCUCGUGGUUUCGCCGGAGUUCUUCGCUCAUACUCUGAAAGAUGACUGGAUGGGCGUAGCGAUUUGUCUCGCGAUCGGCUGUUAUCUAUUGCAGGAGCACAUCAGAGCAAGUGGCGGAUUCCGGAACUCGUUAACGCAGAGCCAUGGCAUAUCCAACACCAUGGGGAUUAUCCUCCUCUUGAUCUUCCCUAUUUGGGCUCUGUUAACACGCCUCCUUUGAUACUCGCACAAAAAUGGUCAUUAUUAGAUUUAUUGGAUAUCUUUGAAUUAGAUUUAUUGGCAACAUUAUUAGAUUUAUUAAUAUUUUUUUAUAUUUAGUCUAAUUUUUAUUACGUACAUACGUCCAUCAAU